AUGCUACAAUUUAUUCCUGUGCUAUUGGCUUCACUGCUCUUCACCAUAGCGCAAGCUAAAUAUAGUGACCCUGGUGCAAUGGCUCUAUACAGCUGUAGUUAUUUUAGCUUCUUGUUUGAUUACACUCCUAUUACAAAGGACACAUACUGGGAGAUAAAUUGUCAUUAUGAACCAGCUUUCCAAACUAUUGCAAUAUGUUUGAAUCAGUUUGACGACGGUAGCUAUGCUGAAAGAGGCUUCCAUGCUUUGCAGGAAAGUUGUUCAAAGUACGGUUCACUUUCCAACUUGACUCAAGAUUACUUUGAAGAUCAAGCCAAGAAUGGAUCUCAGUACCUUAUUCAAGCGGAUUCGUUCAAUGCCACUGCAGACAUUUUGCACAACCCUGUCCAGCUCAAUCUGACAUUUGUUGAUCUUUACUACAAGUCAUAUGUUCAGUUUUACUGGAACUUUGACUUUUCUCAAGAUACAGUGGCUAUCGUGCUCCAUGUUUACGUUGUUGGAAUACUGCUUAUGUUUGUGUUGGUUAACUUGAUGAAAAAAUUUGGAUUAAUUACUAAGUUUAAGGGAAACAGAGUGAUCAAUGCUUUUAGAAGAUAUAUAUCGCUUCCGGCACUAGUUGGAAGGAAACAUACAGAAGCAGCAGGUUUCUGGAAGGUCUUCACUACAUUGUUACCCACCCGACUUGAUUUUUUUAUCAUUGGAGGUUAUCUUGUCGCCUACAUUGUCAUGAUGAGUGUUCACUACAAUGUUGCACAUGACGUGAUUUUCCUCAAUAAGACUGAAGCUAGAAUCAGAUAUUUUGCUGACAGAACAGGUAUUAUAGCAUUUGUUCAACUACCUCUUUUGUUCCUGUUUGGAGGUCGAAACAACAUUCUCUCCUUCUGCACUGGUCUCAACUUUUCCAGUUUUAUUGUUUAUCAUAAAUGGAUUGCCAGAAUAAUGGUAUUUAAUGCCAUCAUGCAUUCUGCUGCAUGGACUUGGUUGGAAAGAGACUAUCUUCCAGAAAUGUUUGCAGACACAUAUUGGAAGUGGGGUGUCGUUGCUACCAUUGUGUGCAGUUUGAUGGUUCUGUUCUCCUUCCACUGUGUUAGGAACACAAUGUACGAGUUUUUCCUCUAUGCACAUAUAAUACUUGGUUGUUUGUUUGUUGUGGGCAUAUGGUACCACUGCAUUGAACUGGGAUGGAUGCAAUGGGUGUAUGCUUCAAUUGCCAUCUGGGCAUUUGACAGACUUAUAAGAUUAGUAAGGAUUGCUUAUUAUGGAUUUCCAAAGGCAACGAUACAGGUUGUUGGGGAGGAAACUAUGAAGGUAAGUUUCCCAAAGCCAUCUAGGUGGAAGUCUAACCCAGCUAACCAUAUAUUCCUGUAUUUUGGUGAUAAGCUAAGAUUCUUCCAAUCCCACCCCUUCACACCAGUUAUCUAUGAUGACAAGAUUGUUGUCUACAUUAAAGUUAAGAAGGGUAUAACUAAGAAAAUCUACGAGCAAGCUGUCAAGACCGCCAACGGACAGAUAACAAUGAGGGUUGGUGUUGAGGGUCCUUAUGGGCAUUCUUCUCCCCUUCACAAAUAUGAUAGGGCCCUUCUGGUGGCUGGGGGUAACGGUAUACCAGGACCGUUUGAUCAUGCUUUCAAGUUGGUUACUGACAAAAAUCCCACAAUAGCUAGUCAAAAAGUCAAGCUAGUUUGGAUUUCCCAGAGCUUUCACACUAUCAAAUCGUUCUUACCUGAGCUUGUUCUGUUGAAGGAAAAAUGUCCACAAAAUAAGGCUCUGGAGGUGCAGAUUUAUUUAACGAGAGAAACUCCUAUUCCAAUGUACGUCUCUGAAGACGAUUUUAAGGAUACUGUAAAUAAGGAAAAAGAGUCGGUAUCUGAUAGUUUUUCACUCUUGGAAAUUGAUAAUGUCUCCGUUGAUAACAUCAAAGAUUUUGUGCACUUUAGUUUUGGAAGGCCUGACUUGAAAUCAAUAAUUGUUGACGAAUUUACUGAAGCGGAGGACUGCUCUGUUGGUAUUGUCACUUGUGGGCCUACCAAGAUGGUUGACGAAAUCAGAGAGUUAGUAGCACAUAACCUAAACAAAUGCAAGGGAAGAGUUGAUCUGUUCGAAGAAUUGGAGUUAUGGUAA